GCCGCCCCUCCUCCACCUCGUCGCCCGCCUCCGCUUCCGCAGCUACAGUCAAUCCGAUGGGGUUGGAGGAAACACAAAAACGUCUCCUCAGCCUUAGUCACCAGAACCUGCAAUCGUUCUGCAAGCAGUAUAACCUUCCUGCCAACAAGACCCACUCUCAGUUAGCUUCCUCGCUCGCCGUGCUUCUCGAGAAGGAAAAACUUAAUCCAGGACCUGAAAGGGAAAAAAUCGGUUCUACACAGGCUUCUCCUGUUGCGUCUUCUCCUGCUACGCCUUCUGCCGCAUUACCAAAUAACAAAGAAGCACCCAGAUGUGGGGAGGAUAACCACAAAAGAGGCACGUACAGUGACAGAGAUGAUGCUGAUAGGCCGCAUGCGAAGCAUCAAAAGGUGUCUAAGAAACAAGCGGAUGCAGCAUUGACAAGUGGCACCAGAACGAGUCUUCCUCCUGUUUCUGUUAACAAUGGAAAAGUAGACUGUUUUAGUUCAUGUUCUGGACAAGGGAUUGCUCAUAAUGUGAAUUCUCAAACUGCUGAUGGUAUUGCAACUAGCUCAACAGCUCUAGAGCUUAAAACUGGAAAUCAUGUGUCAGCUGCUCCUGUAAAUGAUACAAUUUCUUUUAUAGCAAGUCAUCCUGUCCCUAAUGGGGUGGUGUCAGAGUCUCGGAGCCAUAAGAAAGUUGGUGGAAGUGGUAUAGAGAAGGGCAGUGGCUCGUCUAAUGAUAUCCCGGCAAAGAAGAAUUCUCCUUUUCAUCUUUUUGUGAUGUCAGAUGAGGGGAUUGAUCUAUUUUGUGAUCUUGAUUCCACUCCAGGAGAUUGGAUUGAUAGCUUCAAGGGGGGAGUGAGCAUCCCUCCAAGUAUACGUCACACUGAAACUGAGAUGCUCUCUAACUCUAUUAGCAGUCUUCGGAGUAAGAAUGAUCAGAACGCAAAUUCGUCAUCGGAUAAUAUCAUUAUGAACGUAGAAAACAAGGGACCUGAGAGCAUUGCUGCUCGAACCAAUUCAUCACUAGGUUCAACUGAUUGUGAGAACUCUCGCUCUAGGUUCUGUCCACCUGAUAGAACUGUAAACUCAAGUUCAUCUACAUCCACACUGCCUGGUACUCUUGGUGAAACUUCUGGAUCUCAAGAGGGAGUUCCAGUGGUACAUUCUUCAUGCUUAACAUCUGAUGUUCAGAACAACAUGUCACUUGAUAUGAUGGCUGCUGCUUUAGGUAAUAACAUGCUUCCUCAACAAUCUGUUGAUGUCUCAGCAUUGUCUGGAAGAGGCCAUGCACCCCUGCCCUAUGAUUCCGUACAGCCAACUAAAGAAGACAUGUUGGGUCCUGGUAAAACCAAAGUUUGUGUCAAGACUGGCUGCACUCAGGAUGUUGUGGUUAUAAGCGAUUCUGAUGAAGACUCGUCUCCGCCAUUUGUGGACAAACAGGAAAUGCCAGGUGCUACUUCAGGGGUUAAGCUUACCCGCAACAGUGAUACAAAUGAAGUCCUAACGGAAAGUGUACCAAUUGAAGCAGUGCCGAUGGAAGAAGAUAAUAGUCACGGUGACACUUUGUCAAUUGAUCAAAUAGCCAAGCAGACAGUAGCUGGACUACCUGCCACAGAUGCCCAGUCAGCUGCUAGUUCUGCAGACCGUGGCGUUGCUGGAAACUUCAACCUUGCAGACCCGGCACCAUCAUCUGUUGCUUCGGACGAUGCUAUUACUCCCCUGGCCUCAAAGCAUGGCGCAGAGGCAGCUAAUAGUCAAGCUUCUGAGGGGUUACCGAGCGUGCGUACGAGAAAUAUACUAUUUAGCUUAAGAAGUGCUGCUGCUAGGCGGACCAGGUCUUCUACAGUGCCUAGGCAAACCAGGUCUUCUACAGUGCCUAGGCAGACCAGGUCUACUACAGUGCCCAGACGGUCACCAAGGCUUGUCCCACAGUGAUCACUGCAAAUGACCGUGACGAGAUUCUUCGCCAAGAAUGCACAGCUUAACUGGCGCCUUAGAAAAUUUUCAAACGAGAGGGGGUGGACGGUGGGCGGAUAUAAUACCUUCGUACACCAACCUUCUCGCCGAUUCAUCUUGCUACCAAACUGAGUAGUUUCUUUAUACUGCUGUCAACAGCUCAAUGCCACCAAACAUUUUUGGUGUCUGCUAUACAACAUCUGUUAUACUUCAUACAAUGUCGAGCUCCUCAUACACCAUUGUACAAACAAUCAUAGUUAUUAGGAAAGUUUUGAACAUGCAGUGUCGCUGCCUGUAUGUGUGUUGGUUUUCCCUGUUUUUGUCACUUGAAUAGCAUCACAUGAUUUUCUCAUGUUGGCAUAUUUGGUUUCACUUUUAUUCGGCUCCUCCUGCCGUGAAUGAUUUGCUUCAAGAUGGCAGCUGGAGUUAGAAUGAUCCCACCUUGUUACUGCUCAGUUGCCAGGUGGACACUGGAUGCCAUCUUACUGCACUGUAAUAUAUGGCUGGUUGUAAUUUGUAUGCUGUGCUGUGAUACAGUGGUAUCAGUAUCAAUGCAGGUUCCAGCUAGCUGCAUAUUCCUGUAUGGCCAAACAUUAUCACACAUGACUGUUUGCCAUCUGUGGAAGUCUUGCCAGAUUGGUUGUGCAAGUUUUGGUUCGGAAAACUGUAAUCGACUAUAUUUCUUCCCAUUUUGAGAUAUCUGAUCUAGUUUCAAACA